UUUGCUUACUUAAAGCUCCACUUCACCGCACACAUCCGCCGUGCCUCUCGUCGCCGAGCUCUAUUCUCUUCGCCGGAAAAAUGGCAGCAGCUUUACCGAGGAUCAAGUUAGGGUCGCAGGGCCUGGAGGUUUCUGCCCAAGGGCUGGGCUGUAUGGGAAUGUCCGCCUUCUACGGGCCUCCGAAGCCCGAAGCCAAGAUGAUUGAGCUCAUCAACCAUGCUAUCCGCUCCGGAAUCACGCACCUCGAUACCUCCGAUGCCUAUGGUCCUUACACUAACGAAGUACUCGUCGGCAAGGCACUGAAAGGAGGGAUGCGGGAAAAAGUAGAGUUAGCGACCAAAUUCGGAUUCAAACUUGAUGGCUCAAACAUAACAAUUGUUGGUGAUCCAAAACAUGUCAGGGCUGCUUGCGAGGACAGUUUGAAGCGGCUUGAUGUCGACUGUAUCGAUCUUUAUUACCAGCAUCGUGUUGACACGACUGUGCCCAUUGAAGUCACAGUUGGAGAGCUAAAGAAACUGGUUGAGGAAGGUAAGAUUAAGUACAUAGGUUUGUCCGAGGCCUCUGCUUCGACAAUUCGAAGAGCACAUGCUGUUCAUCCGAUAACAGCAGUCCAGUUAGAGUGGUCUUUGUGGGCAAGAGAAGUAGAAGAAGAAAUUGUUCCGGUCUGCAGAGAACUUGGGAUCGGUAUUGUAGCCUACAGCCCUCUUGGGAGGGGGUUCUUUUCAGGAGGUUCACAACUGAUACAGAAUUUAUCAGUUGAAGACCGGAGGAAGGAGUUCCCGAGGUUCAAACCCGAGAAUUUGGAGCACAACGAGAACUUGUUCAACCGGGUGAAAGAUCUUGCGGCUAGAAAGGGAUGCACUCCGUCGCAACUCGCGCUCGCAUGGGUCCAUCACCAAGGGAAGGAUGUUUGUCCUAUUCCGGGCACCACCAAAAUCGCCAAUCUCAACGACAACAUAGGCGCCCUGUCUGUGAAGCUCUCCCCGGAAGACAUGUCCGAGCUUGAGUCCAUUGCUUCAGCCGGAGCUGUCAAAGGCGAACUGAAUCCAGCCGGGCAUCUCACAUGGAGAAACUCCGAAACACCACCCCUCUCGGCAUGGAAGCCCACAUAAAUUAAAGAAGAAGAUCGUUCGUUUUGUUAUAUUGUGUGCUUGUAAUAAUAAUGCCGUAACUUGUGAGUUGCGACGCCCGGAUUUUAUUGUGUCGAGGAUCUCUAUCUAUGUGUUUCUUCGACUGGAACCACAUUUUUAGCGUGUGAUGAAUAAAUGUGUGAACAUUUUGGGAGACUA